AUCGCCUGUAUAGUAUACUUAGCAAGAAAAUUUGGGGAAACUUGGCAUCGCUCCUGAAUAUUGGAUUUCUAGCGAAUGUUCACAAUGGGCGUUGACCAAAAGAAAGUGGACAAGAUCCGUUCCUUUGCUGAAAGGGGACGCAAUCUUGAGAAGCAAUAUGGAGAGAAUCCUCUGAGUCUAGACGCGAUUCAGCUAUACAACCGGAGAUUAGACGACACAAUUCGAUCUUUACAAGAUCAUGUCAAGCGUCAAGAAGACACACUUCGACAGCUACGCGCCUCUAAACAAGAAUUAGAGAUUUCUGGCCAUGACGCAGAACCUACAGAGAGAUUGGCUCAGGUCCACCGAGCAAAAAAGGCAUACGACUCUCUAUUGAAAUCUGAGCCAGACCUUCCCGCGCCAGACUCUCCACUACCAUGCCUAAUUGCUAUAAGGGAAACUUCUCGGGUAAUUCAAGAAAACAAAGCGUCAAUCUCCAAUUUACGGAAAUCCCUACCAUUAAAUCGGCAACAGCUCAAAGAUGAGCAAGAAGACCUAGAAGAUGCCAGGCGCAUUCACGAUGGUCUCAAAAACCGCGUCGAACGGAUUCGAAGGGAACAGUCGGAAAAUUCAACCAAGAAUCCGUCUGAACUAGCAGAUGAAUUCGUCAACUCGGAACGCAAGAAGAUCCGCGCACUAAAGACUUCUUCUUCAAAACUGAGAAAGGAAUUAGAUCAAUUCAUAGACGAUCAUCUCGCAUCGCGACUAGCAGCAGAAGAUCUUGGUGGCCCCGUUGUUGGAGAUACUAUGGAAGUUCCCGAUUCCACUUUGGAAGCAGGAUAUACAGCUCACGGCAAACCUAAAAAGCCAAAAUCAUCGACGACACAGAAUGGGAAUGAUGACGAUGAUCCCAGACAGCAACGUAUAGAUAGCCUCCUUCGACGGCUGCGGCAGGGGGACGAUGACCCGACUAGUACUGCUCCGAGGAAUAAAAGAGAGGCUGCGGCAGCUGCAAUGCAUGAAUUGAUAAACUCUCUACUAGAAGCUGAAACAAUCUAUGUCGAAUUGCCACGCGAGUCUGCGGCUUCAAGAUUUCUAGUUCGCGCUAAAGUGGCGCAGCUUCAUCCGCGGGAUGCACGAAGAAUUCGUUUGAUUGACUUCGGGCGCUCGUUUGAGGAAUAA